GGCGGCGUUUAAAGGAGCGGAGCGCGCGCGCCGGGUCAUUCGCAGGGGCCCGGCGGGAUGAGCUGCCUCAACGUGCCCGGGGUGCAGCCCGGCUCGCCCGCCAAGGCGCGCGGCCAGAUCCAGGUGAUUUUCGGGCCCAUGUUCUCCGGGAAAAGCACGGAACUCAUGCGCCGGGUCCGCAGAUUCCAGAUUGCACAGUACAAAUGCCUUGUGAUAAAGUACGCCAAGGACACUCGUUACUGCACGAAUGGGGUCUCCACGCACGACAGGAAUACCAUGGAGGCUCUUUCGGCCUGUUAUCUCAAAGAUGUGCACCAGGAGGCGCUUGGUUCAGCUGUGAUUGGUAUUGAUGAAGGCCAGUUUUUCCCAGACAUUGUGGAGUUCUCUGAGGCGAUGGCCAAUGCAGGGAAGACAGUCAUAGUUGCUGCCCUUGAUGGGACCUUCCAGAGGAAGGCAUUUGGGAGCAUCCUGAACCUGGUUCCCUUGGCAGAGAGUGUAGUGAAGCUGAAUGCUGUGUGCAUGGAGUGUUACCGGGAGGCUUCAUACACGAAGAGGCUGGGAGCUGAGAGGGAGGUGGAAGUCAUUGGAGGGUCAGACAAGUAUCACUCCGUCUGCCGUGUCUGCUACUUCAGAAAGCGACCUCAGCAGGCUGGGCCAGAAAACAAGGAGAACCUGCCUGUGGGGGCCAAACAGGCGGAUGUCAUAGGCUCCCGAAAGGUCCUGGCUUCCCGACAGAUGCAGUGGAGCCCAGCAAACUGAGCAGGGGAGGCUAGAGACUACAACUUUGGGGCUUCUUUAAAGCUCUUUCCCCUCUGCUCAGCCCGGAGCUGUGUCAUGGCCUCCCAAUGCUACCUGCCAAACCUAACUGCUGCUUGUGUGCUGAGCUACAAAGAACCAGGCCCACGUAGAAGGGACAAAAGGGGAAAACAAUGACAAACAGGAGUCGGGCAAGCAGCCACUGGGAAAGUCCUCUGCCAUGGAAUGUGAGCAAGAAAUUGGAGGCACUUACUGAGACAGUCACACUGCAACAGGCCCUUGUCCCUCAGUGUGGGACAUCCAAUACACCAUUUGUCCAGGCUUCUGAGUAAUGACUAUCCUCCCAGCUCAUGGGAACCCCUCUUUAGCACGUUUGACCUCCCUCCCUGACACUGUUGCUGGCUUUUGCUUGUGUUCUUAAGGACUUUGCCUGUUCCUAACUAGCUCAUGGGUCUGACUUACUGCCUGGGGAUGCCCUGUCCCUAGGUGACACUGGGACAGGAGGACCUCCAUUGCUUUAGCCCCUUCAUUAGAUUACCUCUUACUCCAUUCUAAGGUAAAUGACCUCAGACCUCCCAUCCCUACUAGUGUCUUCUCCUGCUAUCACUACACCCCAGCCAUUAUCUUCCCUCUUAACAUCAAUUUCCCCUCUAACAAUGCUUAUGUGCUGCUGCCUCCACCCCCUCUCUGGCAGGCAGCUGUAAUUAGUUCUCCCCUCCCCCACUGCACUUCCGUGUCUGUCCAAUUCAAGAUGGUUUCUCCAAUUAUACUUGUUAAAAGACUACACUGAGUUGCUCUAAAUCAGGGCUGUUUAAAAACCCUUGGAAUGACUGUUCUCUUCCUCUCCUGUUCCCAGCAGUGGAGGUGGCCUUGAUGUGUUAAUUUUUAGGGUUUGGUUUUUAGGUUCAGCUGUACUAACUCAAGGAGUGAGGCUUUGCUCCUCCCUGUGUCCACCCUCAUUAGGGUGAAGAAUGGACACUGAGGCUGGAGGGUGACUAAGCUCUUAACACAGACUAACUGAAAACAAUGCUCUUCUGAGGUGAGGUGGAGAUGGGGCUGAUGUUAAAGGGCACCCUCUGCUUCAGUGGAGCCUAGUUCUGCUAAUACCACUGUGCACAGCUGCUUACUUGCCCAAGAAGGGUUUGCAGACAUUUGGUCUAAAUGCCUUGUGUCCUGAUCAAAAAGAUGUGCUCAGUCUCUCUAGUAGAUGGACUAAUGAUUAGUGCAGGCAGGGGUUUUGAAGUGUUUCUGGUGAGUGCCCCACCCCUUAUUGUGUAGUAAAUCUGAAACCUACUUCUGCUGAGCACUAUUUUUAAUCUCCCAGAGGGAUGGGUCUGCGCUGUCCCAAGAACCAGAUAUUUAAGUGAGGGUUUCUAGAAGGUAACAGACUGUCUCCACUUUGGAACCGCAGUGCCCUGCUGCUUGACAUAAGUUUCUUCCUGUGUCCUUAGCAAAUCUUUUCUUCCCCUUUCUCUAGAGGGCUUGGGGUCAUGCCCAGCUGCUUCCUCGCUACCAUUACAGCUUGUUGGCUGAAGCAUUUUGAUAAUUGCUAGGCCCUCGCAGCCCUUCCCUUCCUUGGAGAAUGAGCCAGCUGCUCUAACCUGCCUUUCCUGCAGCCCAGGCUUGCAGUUUUGUGACACAAGGCCCUCUGUUAACCUCUGGCCUGGCACCAGGAAGUUCUCCUCAGCCCCUUUUACCCUCUCCUGUUAGAGUAGCUGCAUUUACCCUAACCCCAAGAUGGUCAAGCUGCUUCCAGGCUCUUUACUCGGCUCACCUGCCAGGUGUAGUGGCUGCUGCUAAUUUUAAAUACUUCUAUUGCUCCUUGGUGGGGGAGGCUCUAC